AUGGCAUCAACAGGAGAAACUACUCUUCCCGAGCGACCAAAGGAGGCAGCUGCUCCUGCAGAGCAGAGCCCUGCCCCCGCAGGUGAAAAGCCCUCUGAAGAGAAGUCCGCCAAAGCACCCAAGCCGAAAGCUCCCAAGCAGAAGGCACCCAAGAACCCCGACGGCAAAAACAAUAACAACAAUGGCAAGAAGGGAGGCGGCAAGCCUAAGGCCGCCAACGCCAAAGAGGCCGCAACUGAUCUGCGCUCUGUCGACCCCGACGCCAUGUUCAAGGUCGGCUUCCUCGCAGAUGUAUACCAGGAACGGCCCAUCUCCGAGAAACACCCCAAGAUCCGGACUCGGUUCCCUCCCGAGCCCAACGGCUUCCUGCACAUCGGUCACAGCAAGGCAAUUGCGGUCAAUUUCGGGUUCGCGAAGUACCAUGGCGGCGAAUGCAUCCUGCGCUUCGAUGACACGAACCCCGAGGGUGAGGAGGAGAUAUACUAUCGCGGUAUUGAGGAUAUUGUGAGCUGGUUGGGAUACAAGCCUGUCCGGGUCACUAAUGCUAGUGACAACUUCGACCGACUGUAUGAGCUUGCGAAGGAGCUUAUCCGACGAGAUGGUGCCUAUGUGUGCCACUGCACCAAGGCGGAGAUCAAGGCCCAGCGUGGCGAGGCGGAUGGUGCGCGGGGCAAAGCGAGGUAUGCGUGCCCUCACCGAUCGCGACCUAUUGAGGAGUCGCUGCAGGAGUUUGAAGCUAUGAAGGAGGGCAAGUACAAGGCGGGAGAGGCUGCGCUGCGUAUGAAGAUGGAUUUGGACGAUCCGAACCCUCAGAUGUGGGAUAUCUUCGCGUGGCGUAUUCUGGACGUCGACCAGAAGGGCCACUUCCGCACUGGUGGCCAGUGGAAGAUGUAUCCUACGUACGACUUUGCGCACCCUCUCUGUGACAGCAUCGAGGAGAUUACACACUCCCUUUGCACGGUUGAGUUCGAGAUGUCGCGCCAGUCUUAUGAGUGGCUCAACGACAAGCUGGAUGUUUACCGGCCGAUGCAGCGUGAGUACGGUCGCCUGAAUCUCACAGGGACUGUGCUAUCGAAGCGUAAGAUUAUUGAGCUGGUCAAGAAGGGUUAUGUGCGGGGAUGGGACGAUCCUCGCCUCUACACGCUGAUUGCCAUCCGCAGACGCGGUAUACCUCCUGGCGCUAUUCUCUCCUUCGUCAACAACCUCGGUGUCACCAAGGCUACUGCCAUCGUCCAGACGGCCAAGCUUGACCAGAUUGUCCGUCAGUACCUGGAGACUACCGUGCCACGUCUGAUGGUUGUUCUCGAGCCCCUCAAGGUUGUCAUCUCAAACCUGCCCGACGGCUAUGAGGAGAUGGUGGAGGUCCCCUUCUCCAAGGACCCUGCUUUCGGCUCCCAUCUCGUGCCUUUCACCAAGAAUGUCUACAUUGAGCGCAGUGACUUCCGCGAAGAGGACUCGCCCGACUACUUCCGUCUUGCUCCUGGAAAGACCGUUGGUCUUCUGAAGGUGCCUUUCCCGAUCACCGCCACCGCGUUUGACAAGGACCCUCAGACCGGCGCGGUUACCUGCGUCUACGCACAUUACGAGAAGCCCGAAGAAGGCUCUGACGGCCCUGCCAAGAAGGCGAAAACGUAUAUCCACUGGGUUGGCGAGUCGGCCGCCCACAAGAGCCCCGUCAAGGCCGAAGUUCGCGCGUUCAACUCUCUCUUCAAGUCCAACGACCCCAGCGCCCAUCCUGACGGAUUCCUGGCCGAUAUCAACCCCGAUUCCGAGGAGAUCUAUGAGGGCGCCUAUAUCGACAUUGGAUUCCACGAUGUCUCCAAGUCGGCUCCCUGGCCCAAGACGAGUGGUGAGACCGGGGGCGAAGUGAACCCCUAUUCCAUUCGAUUCCAGGGUAUGCGGACCGCAUACUUCUGUGUGGAUACGGAUUCGACGGCGGACAAUGUGGUCUUGAAUCGCAUCGUCACUUUGAAGGAUACUCAGGGUAAAACCUGA